UGGAUUGGCGUGUAGAGCGAGGUCGAAUGUCAAGAGCUAUCAAGGCGUAGUGUGUGCGUUGCCGCGAGCGGCGCGACUUGUACGCAUUGUGUUUAUCAGCUAGUCCCUUAGCAGCCGCCGUGAGACUUGCUCGCGGUUACCACAUCGAUCUUUAUACUGGGCCAACCUUGACGCUAUUUUGACGCAUUUGUGUCCAGAAGUGCAGACCCAAUAUUGAGUGUGUAUCGAGUGGGCCAUGUCUACGGCAGUGGACAGCGCGCUCGGGAGGGUGGGGCUCGGCCGGUCACCAGACGCCCCGCUCAACGGGCACGCGGCGCCCGACCACGAAAAUGGAAACUGGGACGAGCAGUUCCUGCCGCCGCCGCUACGGAUCGACGACUACAACAGAGCACAGAAAAUCGAGUCCCGCCUGUCGGGGCUGGUUCUGUCGGGCGCGACGCUGAGCCGCGUGUCCGACGUGUUCGAGCGCGAGCUGGAGCGCGGCCUCAAGGAGGAAUCCUCCAGCCUGCAGAUGGAGAAUACUUACGUACCUGAAUUACCCAACGGCACAGAGGAGGGCCUGUUCCUGGCACUAGACCUGGGUGGCACCAAUUUUCGCGUGCUGCUGCUGGAGCUACGGGCAGGGCAGCUGGUGCGGGAGGACGUCAAGCAUUACCACAUUAACCAAGCGUUACGGUUAGGACCUGGGGAGGACUUAUUCAACUUUCUGGCGGAUUGCGUACAAGAUUUCGUUCGUUCGGAGGGAAUGGACAAGGAGUCUUUAUCGCUAGGUUUCACAUUUUCAUUCCCCAUGAGGCAGCAUUCGAUCUCAUCGGGCGAGCUGAUCACCUGGACGAAGAGUUUCAAGUGCAGCGGCAUGAACGGCGUGGACGUGGCGGGGCUACUGCAGCAGUGUCUCCACGCGCGAGGCCUCGACAUCACCGUGAGGGUGCUGCUGAAUGAUACCACGGGUACCUUGAUGGCUGGAGCUCAGAUCGACCCUAACGUUGGGAUCGGCGUGAUCCUGGGCACGGGUUCGAACGGGUGCUACAUGGAGCGCGCGUCGCGCGUGCAGCACUGGGAGGCGGCGCACGCGCGCGUGCACGACGUGUGCGUGGACGUCGAGUGGGGCGCCUUCGGGGACAACGGCUGCCUCGACUUCAUACGCACCGACAUCGAUCGUGAGGUCGACCAACAUUCCCUGCUCGCCGCCUCCUUCACUUUCGAAAAGUACAUCGGCGGCAAGUACCUGGGUGAGGUGCUGCGGUGCUCGCUGGCGGCGCUCGGCCGCGUGGGGCUGUUCCCCGCCGUGCCGCCGCCGGGCUCCUUACUCACCGAGCAUCUCAGCCUUUUUGAAGAAGAGAACUGCUCGGGCGGCUGGUCGCGCACCUUGUUCGUGCUGCAGCAGGCGUGCGGAGAGGAGGCACGGCUGGGUCCGGAGGAGGCCCUUAUCACGCAACAUGUCGCCCAGCUAAUUUCUAACCGCGCCGCGCAGCUUGCCUCCGUCUGUAUAGCGGCGUUGAUCCGGCGCAUGGACCGGCCGCUGACCGGCGUGGCGGUGGACGGCUCCGUGUACAAAUGCCACCCGCGCAUCAGCACGCUCAUGAACAAGUACAUCGCACUGCUCGCGCCCAACCACAAGUUCACACUGAUGGGAGCAGAAGACGGCAGCGGCAAGGGAUCGGCGUUAACAGCGGCCAUUGCCGCGCGUGUGGCCGCCAAUAACCCCUCGUAGCGGCUCCCAUCAUUCACCACACGCUGACACCCACCGCCGACACCACGCUGGCGAUCAUCAGCAGUUAAAAUAUGGUUGAAUCAACCGUCUUUAUAAACUGUAGUUAUGCCUUUUAUGAUGUAAUAUAUAGCUUAUAUUUUAUAUAUAGAACAGAACUGAGGUGCUCCACUAAAUGUACGAUCGACUAGCGGUAAUGAUAUUAUUUUUGUAAACAAUAAAAAUAUUUUUUCUAGAAUUGUAUAAAAUUAAUCAAUUAUAUAUGUCAAUAUAACCAUGAAUAUAACAAAAAAAUACUACGCAAGUAGGAUUAUUUUCUGUUCAAGUUCUCGUAAUAAGAUUAGAGUGACAAUGUUUCCAUUAUUUGAGCAAGCAACGUAACGUCAGAGGAACAUGAUAAUAUAAUGUAAUGUCCACUCAGUUCUAUGUAAGUAUAGAAUACUUGUUAAAAACUCGCUGAGAUAUUAUUAUAAUAAGUUCGAGCCGCUCAUAAUUCAACGUGAUAUGUUUUGUAUGCAAGUGAGAACGUGUAGAUAUAAUUGUUAAUUAGUUUAGGGUAAUCAAAUUAAUUAAAAUAUUUGUUAAAACUUUUA